AUGUCGAAGGAGGACCCCAAGCUGGGAGGGUGGAACGUCAAGUGCAAGAGUUGUGGCAACGAAUUCCUGGACGACGCACUCUUCUGCCGAAAGUGCGGCACGAAGCGCGACGAUGUGGUGGAGGUUCUCGUGCUGGAGGUACAGCAAGGCUUUUCCAGUUUGAUGUGCAGCAGUUUGCCCAAAGCCUUUAAGGACGAGCUGCCAGACUUCGACGACCAGGAGGAAACAAAGAACGACGACAGCAAGGAGGCCGAGGCAAAGAAGAACCAGGUUGCUCUUCACGCCUCCGGCUUCAAGGACUUCCUGCUGAAGGCCGAGCUGAUCCGAGCCAUUGUGGAUUGCGGCUUCGAGCACCCCUCAGAGGUGCAGCACGAAUGCAUCCCUCAGGCCAUCCUCGGAACGGACGUGCUGUGCCAGGCGAAGUCCGGCAUGGGCAAGACCGCAGUCUUCGUCUUGGCCUGUUUGCAGCAGGUUGAUGCGUCCGAGAAGGCUGGUAGUUGCAGCCAAUUAGUGUGCAUUCUUGCUGCAAGCUGUCAGCACCGUCUACAGUACGUGUGCUGUGCUUGUUGCAGCGCGCUUGCGCGGGGUUCCAGUUGGAUAUUUCAUCAGCGCCGUCUACAGUCUACGGUAGCAGCUGCGACGAAAGCAUUGAUCACGUUGGCGCUCUGGCUCCCUGCUCCGGUGCAGGCCGUUCGAACUCUGGUGAUCUGCCACACUCGCGAGCUGGCGCAUCCUGCCGUGAGGGAAAUGCGAGAGUCACUUCAAGGGCUUUGCUUAGGAUUUCAGAUGAGAGAUAGAUCCGAGUUGAAGAAGUAUGCCUUGGAGUUGGGAGGCUUGGGAUUCUUGGUCUCGCGGGAGGUGAAGUACCAGAUCAAGCACGAGUUCGAGCGGUUUGCAAAGUACUUCCCGGAGAUCAAGCCGGGCGUGGUGUACGGAGGCACUCCCAUGCAGAAUGACAAAGACAUGCUGAAGGACAAGUGCCCGCACAUUUUGAUCGGCACUCCUGGCCGCAUCUUGGCACUCCUCCGGGAAAAGGAGCCGAUGAAAGGGGGCGUCCUGCCAGUUUGUCUAGAGUUCAUCGUUUUCUUGGUUCCAGAGGCCCAGGGUAUGCCGGGCCUCAACCGCAUGCCUCGGCAUGGCGUGGUGCUUGUCAUGCUGCUUGCCAUGCUGUGGUCAGGCCCCGUGAGGCCUUUCCUGGCACCCCGAGAGCCCGGAGCCUUUGUGGCCGCCCUUGCAGCGAUCCCUGAGGAUCGCCGGCGAUUUCUGGCAGCAGUCGAGGCUUUCCGCUCGGAGCCGAAUGGCCUGGAGUUCGCUCUGAGCUGCCUCGAGCUGCUGGCGGAAGACCCACACCUUGUGGGCGGGGUGCUGCAGCCCAGCACUGGAGCAGCAGCCUUGGCGUCCCUGGUCUCGGGCGCUGUGGAGGCGCGCUCUUUCGCCACCUCUGAGCAGCGUGUGCGAGCAAGUGCAGCAGCUCUCAAGCUUCAUGCUGCCGCACCCGUCUCACAGCGCAGCGAGGAGCGCAGAGCAAGGCAAACCUCCACGAGGGCGCUUCGCCAGGCUGUCCGGGUCCUUGUUCGCUGGGGCGUCCAGGCGGCGGACGUCAGCGCUGCCGACACCCUCAGGUUGGCUCAGGAGGCACUCGAAGCCCAGCUGUGGGACGUCGUGUCCGACCUUGUCCAGGCCUUCCCUGCGCUCGCUGGCAACCUGAAUCUUGCUGCCGUGUCGCCUCAGCCCCGUGGGCGACUGCAGUGGCUGCAACGGGAGGAGGGCGAAGCCCUCGGUGUGGUCCCACAGCACUUCACAGCGCGGCUCCGCGCAGCGGCACGGUCUCCAAAGCCCACGCGCGCGCUGGCUGCCUGCGGUGGUAGUGAGGAGCUCCGCUUGCACUGCCUGCAGGUGUUGGGAGAGGAAGGCUUGCUGGCCCUCGCGGAGCAGGCUGCUGGAAAUUGGUGGCUCCUCUUCCACCCCACGGAGGAGUUUCGGAAGCGGCAGGCACAGCGUGCCACGGGCUUCUUCCAGCUGCCGGACGGUGUCCGCCUGACACUGGUGUCAUCCACAUCGGAUGCCUUGCUGGCCUUUGACCGACUCCGUGGCCGAGCACGUGUGGGACUCGACGUGGAGGGCAGCAGGGAGGCAGCGCUGAUGCAGCUGGCGGUGGAGGAGGAGGUCUUUGUCUUCGAUCUCCAGGCUCUUCGAGAGGAUGUGGAAGCUGCUGAAGCCUAUGUUGACUUCCUCAACCAAGACGGACUUGAGAUCCUCGGAUUUGGCGGCCGACAGGAUCUUCGAAUGGUGGCCAAAGUGCCGGCAUUCCGAGCAGCCGCGGGCAACCAGCCCCGAUUCCGGGACAUGCAGCGCGGCCACGGGUCCAAGAAGAAGCUUCCUGGACUCUCGAAGCUGGCCCAGAAGCUCCUGGGAAAGCCCUUGGACAAGUCCCUCCAAGUCUCUGACUGGAAGAUGAGGCCUCUCACAGCGGAGCAGCUCCAGUAUGCAGCGCUGGAUGCGUGGGUUCUGCUGAGAAUCCUGGACCGAGUUGAGGCAGACGACAGCGACCUCAAGCUUGACAAGAUCCAGCAGUUUGUCCUGGAUGAGUGUGACAAGUGCCUCGACAAGGUCGACAUGCGAAAGGACGUGCAGCAGAUCUUCAUGGAGACGCCAAAGAAGAAGCAGGCAUCUUUCAUCUCCCAGGUUAUGAUGUUCAGUGCGACCAUGUCUGCGGAGACUCGUGCCCUCUGCAAGAAGUUCAUGCAGGAUCCCCACGAGAUCCGGGUUGAUGAGGAGUCGAAGCUUACACUGCAUGGCCUGCUCCAGUACUACGUGAAGCUCACUGAGAAGGAGAAGAACCGGAAGUUGAAUGACCUCCUAGAUGCCCUGGAGUUCAAUCAGGUUGUCAUCUUCGUGAAGUCUGUGCAGCGGGCGAUCGCGCUGGACAAGCUUCUGGUCGAGUGCAACUUUCCCUCCAUUGCUAUCCAUUCUGGCCUUCAGCAGGAUGACCGCAUUGCCCGGUACAAGCAGUUCAAGGAGUUCCAGAAGCGGAUUAUGGUAUCCACCGACCUCUUCGGACGCGGUAUCGACAUCGAGCGAGUCAACAUUGUGAUCAAUUAUGAUAUGCCAGACGAGAGUGACUCCUACCUUCAUCGAGUGGGUCGGGCCGGGCGCUUCGGCACGAAGGUGCCACGACAAGCAGACGUACUUUUCAGGUUUUGGGUUUUUUUUUCUGAGUGA